AAGUAUCCAGAGAUCAAGACUCUGAUGGGACCAGAUCCACAUUUAAAGUGGAUCGUAUCUGGAAUGGUUUUCAUGCAGUUUCUAGCAUGCUACCUGGUGAAAGACUUGUCUUGGAAAUGGAUUUUCUUCUGGGCGUAUGCUUUUGGGGGUUGCAUCAACCAUUCGCUGACCCUAGCCAUCCAUGAUAUUUCGCACAACGUUGCCUUUGGGAACAAGCAGGCCAAGUGGAACCGAUGGUUUGCAGUCUUUGCCAACUUGCCGAUUGGCAUCCCUUAUUCUGCCUCCUUCAAGAAAUACCACAUUGACCAUCAUCGGUAUCUUGGUGGGGACAGCCUGGAUGUGGACAUUCCCACAGACUUUGAAGGCUGGUUCUUCUGUACGCCACUUCGGAAGCUUCUUUGGCUUUUCCUCCAACCUCUGUUCUACAGCCUAAGACCACUGUAUGUGAACCCCAAAGCAAUUACACGGAUGGAAAUUCUUAACGCCCUCGUCCAGUUUUCUAUAGACCUUAUCAUUUACUACCUUUGGGGGCUCAAGCCUAUUAUUUACUUAAUAGCAGGUACAAUUCUUUGCAUGGGUUUACAUCCUAUUUCUGGGCACUUCAUAGCGGAACACUACAUGUUCUUAAAAGGGUAUGAGACAUACUCGUAUUACGGACCUCUGAACUGGCUCACCUUUAAUGUAGGCUACCACAUGGAACAUCAUGACUUUCCCAGCAUUCCCGGAUGCAGAUUGCCAAUGGUGAAGAAGAUUGCAGCAGAAUAUUACGAUAACCUCCCACAUCACCAGUCCUGGAUUCGAGUUCUGUGGGACUUUGUUUUUGAUGACUCUAUUGGUCCUUAUUCAAGAGUUAAGAGACUAUGCAAGCUGGCAAAAGAAAGCUAA